CAAGGGAGGAGGGGUGGGGGGAGUCAGACCUCGCCUGCUGGAGAUUACUGUGCAUUGACUGACUGGCAGCUCUGGGGAGCAGGAGCUGCGGGGGGCUUGCAGCGCUCAGAGGACCCCAGAUCCAGGCUGCUCUAUAUUUAUCAAUCUCUGGAGAAUAGCGAUGGACUUCCUGGCAGGAUGUGCUGGAGGUGCUGCAGGUGUAUUAGUGGGACAUCCAUUUGACACUGUUAAGGUGAGACUCCAGGUUCAGGAUGUGUCGAAGCCUUUGUAUCGUGGGACAAUACAUUGCUUCCAAUCCAUUAUCAAGCAGGAGUCUACUAUGGGACUGUACAAAGGAGUGGGGUCACCUAUGAUGGGACUCACAUUCAUCAAUGCUCUUGUGUUUGGUGUACAAGGUAACACUUUACGAUACUUGGGAAAGGACACUCCAUUAAACCAGUUUAUUGCUGGUGCAGCAGCCGGAUCUAUUCAGUGCGUGAUCUGUUGCCCCAUGGAAUUGGCAAAAACCAGAAUGCAACUGCAAGGCACUGGUGAAUACAAAUCAAAAUCCAAAAACUACAAAAAUUCGCUGGACUGCCUGGUAAAAAUUCACCGUAAGGAGGGAUGGCGAGGUAUUAACAGAGGGAUGGUGACCACCUUCUUCAGGGAGACCCCAAGUUUCGGAUUUUAUUUCUUAACAUAUGAUUAUUUAUCAAGAUACCUUGGUUGUGAAAUCAACGAUAGUUUAAUUAUCCCCAAGUUGCUAUUUGCUGGAGGUAUGUCCGGGAUUGUUUCAUGGCUCUCCACGUACCCCAUAGACGUGAUAAAAUCACGACUUCAAGCAGAUGGUAUUGGUGGAGUCAACCAUUACAACGGGAUCAUAGACUGUGUUAAAAAGAGCUACAAGGUUGAAGGUUGGAGGGUAUUUACAAGAGGCCUGACAUCCACUCUGCUUCGAGCCUUCCCUGUCAAUGCUGCUACGUUUGCAACGGUUACUCUCUUUCUUAUGUACAUGAGAGGGGAGACCAAUCUAAAUGAAUGUGAAGCUGGACCGGCUAUCCAACAACCAACCAGCAUGUGAAUGCAGACAGUAUGUCUGAACACAAACCUUUUAGAGAUAUUUUUAUAUGAGAGCAGUGUAAAUUUUAUGUACAUAAAUUCUAUGUAUAAUCAGUUUAUAUCCAUUCUAAUCAGGCUUUCAUCUCAUUAGUAGCAUAAUAGACGAUGGCCUUAUUCUAAUCCAUGCCCUACAACUGCCCAUUAGUGGGCACACAGACUGGAUCCAUGAGUUUUGGCUUUGUAGACUUGGAGAUAAUCUUUCCUAUGAAAUUUUGAAGGAGUGUGCUAAAGGUUGGGUAAGAAAAUCUGUAUAAAAUGAGACAGCGGGGAAGGAAACAAUUUUUGAACAUCCAACUGAUGCUUCCCAGGAAGAAAAUAAAGGCACACUUAUUUCAAUCUCUGACUUAUGUUUUCAAAAAUAUAUUUAAUAUUGGUGAUGAUUAAUUCCUACAUUUCAAGAGUUUUAUGUGAUAAAAUGACACGCACAUGUUAACGUUAUGAGCAUCGUCCGGUGGGCAUUUACAGUGAGAAGAAAAAAAAACCAUCUGCAGAAAUACACAAAAAUAAACCAAACCCAGUAAAGGUAUAUUGUGACUGCAGCAGCCAAUCGGAUUAGAGCUUGGUUAGUUACUACAGCCUGUUUUAGAAUCUACACAUUGUGCAUAUAUAUCCAGGCUUUUUGAAGUGUAAUCACUACAUUACUGUUACUUUAAUAUCUGACCAGUUACCUAUAAAAGUGAUUUUAAUUUUUUUUUAUCCUGUAAAAUAUAUUGGCGUUGUUUGCCAAUUGUACUGUACAAAUUAAAUAUAUAUAUAUAAUUUAAAUAGGUGUUCAUAGCAAGAGGGGAAAAAAAUUAAUGAAAGGGUUUAACUAUACAAAAAAAAAACUUGUAUAUGCGAUACACUGGAAAUGACUUUAUAACAAGUUGCUGGAGAAAAUGUUAGUUUGUUCGAAGCUAGUUUGUGAAUGGAACUGUAUAAUGCUAGUUUUGUAUAUCAAGCAAAGCAUAGAUAAUAAUGGAAAGAGAUAUCAGAGCUACCAUUUUGUCAUUGACUCUAUUGAUGGGGUUUGUAAAAGAACUAAAUUUUAGUUUGAGGUUUUGGGUGAGUUUUAAAUGUAGUGCUAGAGGCAUUCAGGUUAGGCGGUUAAAGUGACACUCAUUACACCAUAACCACUACAGUAUGCUGUUUUGGUUCCUAGAGUGUCCCUUUAAAUGUCAAUAGUAGAUAGGCAAGAAUUACAUUUAGAUAAGAUACUAAGAGAUAUUAGGAUUACAAACCUUGGCUUAUAAAUCCCAUCAGUUGUUACAAUGCCAGAAUGUCCUAACCAUCAGCUACAAACUUUAUAUAGUGUUAAAAAAAAUGCCAUUGACCAGAUUUAGGAUGGUGUACAUGACAAAGGUCAUAGACCAUGAGUAAAGCAUUAGGUUAUCAGUCUGCAUCCAUUUAGCUAUAAUGGAAUGCCAGCCAUGUUUAACCAGUUGGUGACA